AUGGGUAUCUUCCAGUCUCCAAUCCCUGCGAUGGUCGUCUUCGGCCGAGGCACAUACGACACCACUGGCAAGCCCCCGCCUCCCAAGCCCAAGGCUCCGGAGUCGUCCGAGGACUUUGAGGCGCGCGACUUUGGUCGUGGUUCUUAUGACACGACGGACACAAAGCCCAAGCCCGCGCCCACGAAGCCGACGAAGUAA